AUGACAGGGACCAGCUGGCAACAGGCCUUCACUCUGUCUUCGAUGUCUGCCUUCUGCAAGCUAGUGCAGUCCCUUUUGCACCGUCGACGGAAGUUUAGGGCUUAUGACGUGGUCGACGUUAUCAAUAUGUAUUUGACUUGCGAACUCACCAACAUCUCCUUCAAACGUCAAUUCGAGAGUCACGAUCAAACUGAGUUCGAUAGCUUCAAGGGGUAUCAACUCAAUGGAAAGGAUCUUCACCGUGAAGUGGCUCAUCAAGGACGACUGCAGCGUCGCAGGACAUAA